AUGGAGGUAAGUUUGGUCCAACGACGUCUCCAAGGAAGUGAUUGUAGCAUGUCUGGCUAGCUGGCAUAGCUAACGUUAAUACUAGUAAUGACAACUAAAUCGCCAUUGUAACAAUAAAUUAUAGUUAAGUCAUACAUCUUGCCAAAGUUACUGGUGUAGUUAGCUAGCUAUUAAGGUACUGUAAUGUUAGCCAUGGACAACUAGCUAGCUUUUUCCUUAUCCAGAAGAAUUCACAUGCUUCCGUAUCACCAGGCAAAGAUAGCUAGCUAUCUAGCUAGAUGAGAUUAGCUACGUGAUACCUACUCAUCGCUUUUGUAGUGUUUACCUAGGCUGCAAAGGUGAGAUUGUUGCCUAAGGAAUUUGCUAUGCAUGAUGUUUCCGCGCGCGUGUGUGUCAGUGGAGGCUGCUGAGGGGAGGAUGGCUCAUAAUAAUAAUAUGCCAUUUAGCAGACGCUUUUAUCCAAAGCGACUUACAGUCAUGUGUGGAUACAUUUUUACGUAUGGGUGGUCCCGGGGAUCGAACCCACUACCCUGGCAUUACAAGCGCCAUGCUCUACCAAUUGAGCUACAGAGGACCACAUGACUGGAAUGGAGUGAGUGGAAUGAUAUCAAACACAUGGUUUUCAUACGUUUGAUACCAUUCCAUUCACUCUAUUCCAGCCAUUACACUCCAUUCCAGCCAUUAUUAUGAGCCGUCCUCCCCUCAGCAGCCUCCACUGGUGUGUGUGUGUUGCAUUGUUCGAGAGCAGCUUAAAAUCCGUGAUGCAUUGUAGUUAAAUUAUAACUGACUGAUUUAGAAAGUAAUAAUGAGUAGCUAGUAAUGUAUGAUCAUAUCAAACUUUAUUUGUCACAUUCGCCGAAUACAACAGGUGUUUACCUUACCGUGAAAUGCUUACUUACAAGCCAUUAACCAACAAUGCAUUUCAAGAAAGAGUUAAGAAAAUAUUUACCAAAUAAACUAAAGUAAAAAAUAAUAAAAAGUAACACUAGAAAAUAACAAUAACAAGUUUAUAUACAGGGGGUACCAGUACCGAGUCAAUGUGCGGGGGUACAGGUUAGUCGAUGUAAUUUGUAAAUACAUAGAUAAUAGACAGCGGGUAGCAGCAGUGUAAAAACAAAUGGGGUAUUUUAUUACUUGUUUUUUUAUGCAUGAAUAUAAUGGCUCACUGUUCAUUGUUGGCAUUUCCUGCCUAAGUUUCUGCCUAAUGUAUGUAGUUCUGUCCUUGAGCUAUUCUUGUCUAUUAAUGUUCUGUAAAAACAAAUGGGGUAUUUUAUUAGGAUCCCCAUUAGCUGUUGCAAAAGCAGCAGCUACUCUUCCUGGGGUCCACACAAAACAUGAAACAUGACAUAAUACAGAACAUUAAUAGACAAGAACAGCUCAAGGACAGAACUACAUACUUUUUUUUUAAGGCACACACAGCCUACAUAUCAAUACAUACACACAAUCUAUCUAGGUCAAAUAGGGGAGAGGCGUUGUGCUGUGAGGUGUUGCUUUAUCUGUUUUCUGAAACCAGGUUUGCUGUUUAUUUGAGCAAUACGAGCUGGAAAGGAGUUCCAUGCAAUAAUGGCUCUAUUUAAUACUGUACGCUUUCUUGAAUUUGUUCUGGAUUUGGGGACUUUGAAAAGACCCCUGGUGGCAUGUCUGGUGGGGUAGGUGUGUGUGUCAGAGCUGUGUGUAAGUUGACUAUGCAAACAAUUUGGGAUUUUCAACACAUUAAUGUUUCUUAUAAAAAUAAGAAGUGAUGCAGUCAGUCUCUCAUCAACUCUUAGCCAAGAGAGACUGGCAUGCAUAGUAUUUAUAUCAGCCCUCUGAUUACAAUGAAGAGCAAGACGUGCCGCUCUGUUUUGGGCCAGCUGCAGCUUAACUAGGUCUUUCCUUGCAGCACUGGACCACACAACUGGACAAUAAUCAAGAUUAGACAAAACUAGAGCAUGCAGAACUUGCUUUUUGGAGUGUGGUGUCAAAAAAGCAGACCAUCUCUUUAUUAUGGACAGGCCUCUCCCCAUCUUUACAACCAUUUAAUCUAUAUGUUUUGACCAUGAUAGUUUACAAUCUAAGGUAACGCCAAGUAAUUUAGUCUCCUUAACUUGUUCAACAGCCACACCAUUCAUUACCAGAUUCAGCUGAGGUCUAGAACUUAGGGAAUGAUUUGUACCAAAUACAAUGCUCUUAGUUUUAUAGAUGUUCAGGAUCAGUUUCAAAACAGACUGCAACUCUUUAAGGGUUUCGGUGACUUCAUUAGAUAUGGUUGCUGAUGCGUAUAUGGUUGAAUCAUCAGCAUACAUGGACACACAUGCUUUGUUUAAUGCCUGUAGCAGGUCAUUGGUAAAAAUAGAAAAGAGUAGAGGGCCUAGAGAGCUGCCCUGUGGUACACCACACUUUACAUGUUUGACAUUAGAGAAGCUUCCAUUAAAGAAAAGUCUUUGAGUUCUAUUAGAUAGAUAGCUCUGCAUCCACGAUAUGGCAGAGGUUGAAAAGACAUAACACAUACGUUUUCAACAACAGGUUAUGGUCAAUAAUAUCAAAGGCUGCACUGAAAUCUAACAGUACAGCUCCCACAAUCUUCUUAUUAUCAAUUUCUUUCAACCAAUCAUCGGUAAUUUGUGUCAGUCACACAUGUUGAGUGCCCUUCCCUAUAAGCAUGUUGAAAGUCUGUUGUUAAUUUGUUUACAGAGAAAUAGCAUUGUAUUAGGUCAAAUUUUUUCAACAGUUUGCUAAGAGCUGGCAGCAAGCUUAUAGGUCUACUGUUAGAACUAGUAAAGGCCACUUUACCAUUCUUGGGUAGCGGAAUUACUUUGGCUUCCCUCCAGGCCUGAGGACAAAGACUUUCCUCUAGGCUCAGAUUAAAGAUAUGACAGAUAGGAGUGGCUAUAGAGUCAGCUACCAUUCUCAGUAGCUUUCCAUCUAAGUUGUCAAUGCCAGGAGGUUUGUCAUUAUUGAUCAAUAACAAUAAUUUUUCCACCUCUCCCACACUAACUUUACAAAAUUCGAACUUGCAAUGCUUUCAUUAUUAGUUUUUUUAUGCAUGAAUACGAUGGCUCACUGUUCAUUGCUGGCAUUUCCUGCCUAAAUUUGCCCACUUUGCCAAUGAAGUAAUCAUUAAAAUAAUUGGCAAAAUCAAAUGGUUUUGUGAUGAAUAACCCAUCUGAUUCGAUGAAAGAUGGAGUUGAAUUUGUCUUUCUACCCAUAAUUUCAUUUAAAGUGCUCAAGUUUUUUUCCAUCAUUCUUUAUAUCAUUGAUCUUGGCUUCAUAAUACAGUUUCUUCUUUUUGUUGAGUUUAGUCACAUCAUUUCUCAAUUUGCAGUAAGUCAGCCAGUCAGAUGUGCAGCCAGAUCUAUUAGCCACUCGUUUUUCCCCAUCUCUUUCAACCAUACAGUUUUUCAAUUCCUCAUCAAUCCAUGGAGCCUUAACAGUUCUAACAGUCAAUUUCCUAACAGGUGCAUGUUUAUCAAUAAUUGGAAGAAGCAAUUUCAUAAAUUGAUCAAGGGCACCAUCUGGAUGCUCAUUAUUAAUCACAUCAGACCAACAAAUAUUUUUUACAUCAUCCACAUAUGAGUCACAGCAAAAUAUUUUAUAUGAUCUCUUAUACACUAUUUUAGGCCCAGCUGUUGGAACUUUGGCUUUCCUGGAUAUAGCCACUAUAUUGUGAUCACUGCAUCCAAUGGGUACGGAUACAGCUUUAGAACAAAGUUCUACAGUAUUAGUGAAAAUGUGAUCGAUACAUGUGGAUGAUCUUGUUCCUGUAGUGUUUGUAAACACCGUGGUAGGUUGAUUAAUAACCUGAACCAGAUUACAGGCACUGAUUACAGUAAGAAGCUUCCUCUUGAGCGGACAGCUUGAUGAAAACCAGUCAGUAUUCAGGUCCCCAAGAAAGUAGACCUCUCUGUUUACAUCACAUACACUAUCAAGCAUUUCACACAUUAUUUAGAUACUGACUGUUCGCACUUGGUGGCCUAUAGCAACACCCCAAAAGAAAAGGGUUUAGAUGUGGCAAGUGAACCUGCAACCACAGCACUUCAGUAACACUUGACAUAAGAUCUUCUCUAAGCAUUACAGGAAUAUGGCUCUGAAUAUAUAUAUAUAUAUAUAUAUAUAUAUAUAUAUAUAUAUAUAUAUAUAUAUAUACAUAAUAUAUACAUACAUACAUACAUACAUACAUACAUACAUACAUACAUACAGUGGGGGAAAAAAGUAUUUAGUCAGCCACCAAUUGUGCAAGUUCUCCCACUUAAAAAGAUGAGAGAGGCCUGUAAUUUUCAUCAUAGGUACACGUCAACUAUGACAGACAAAUUGAGAAUUUUUUUCUCCAGAAAAUCACAUUGUAGGAUUUUUAAUGAAUUUAUUUGCAAAUUAUGGUGGAAAAUAAGUAUUUGGUCACCUACAAACAAGCAAUAUUUCUGGCUCUCACAGACCUGUAACUUCUUCUUUAAGAGGCUCCUCUGUCCUCCACUCGUUACCUGUGUUAAUGGCACCUGUUUGAACUUGUUACCAGUAUAAAAGACACCUGUCCACAACCUCAAACAGUCACACUCCAAACUCCACUAUGGCCAAGACCAAAGAGCUGUCAAAGGACACCAGAAACAAAAUUGUAGACCUGCACCAGGCUGGGAAGACUGAAUUUGCAAUAGGUAAGCAGCUUGGUUUGAAGAAAUCAACUGUGGGAGCAAUUAUUAGGAAAUGGAAGACAUACAAGACCACUGAUAAUCUCCCUCGUUCUGGGGCUCCACGCAAGAUCUCACCCCGUGGGGUCAAAAUGAUCACAAGAACGGUGAGCAAAAAUCCCAGAACCACACGGGGGGACCUAGUGAAUGACCUGCAGAGAGCUGGGACCAAAGUAACAAAGCCUACCAUCAGUAACACAUUACGUCGCCAGGGACUCAAAUCCUGCAGUGCCAGACGUGUCCCCCUGCUUAAGCCAGUACAUGUCCAGGCCCGUUUGAAGUUUGCUAGAGUGCAUUUGGAUGAUCCAGAAGAGGAUUGGGAGAAUGUCAUAUGGUCAGAUGAAACCAAAAUAUAACUUUUUGGUAAAAACUCAACUUGUCGUGUUUGGAGGACAAAGAAUGCUGAGUUGCAUCCAAAGAACACCAUACCUACUGUGAAGCAUGGGGGUGGAAACAUCAUGCUUUGGGGCUGUAUUUCUGCAAAGGGACCAGGACGACUGAUCCGUGUAAAGGAAAGAAUGAAUGGGGCCAUGUAUCGUGAGAUUUUGAGUGAAAACCUCCUUCCAUCAGCAAGGGCAUUGAAGAUGAAACGUGGCUGGGUCUUUCAGCAUGACAAUGAUCCCAAACACACCGCCCGGGCAACGAAGGAGUGGCUUCGUAAGAAGCAUUUCAAGGUCCUGGAGUGGCCUAGCCAGUCUCCAGAUCUCAACCCCAUAGAACAUCUUUGGAGGGAGUUGAAAGUCUGUGUUGCCCAGCAACAGCCCCAAAACAUCACUGCUCUAGAGGAGAUCUGCAUGGAGGAAUGGGCCAAAAUACCAGCAACAGUGUGUGAAAACCUUGUGAAGACUUACAGAAAACGUUUGACCUGUGUCAUUGCCAACAAAGGGUAUAUAACAAAGUAUUGAGGAACUUUUGUUAUUGACCAAAUACUUAUUUUCCACCAUCAUUUGCAAAUAAAUUCAUUAAAAAUCCUACAAUGUGAUUUUCUGGAUUUUAUUUACUCAUUUUGUCUGUCAUAGUUGACGUGUACCUAUGAUGAAAAUUACAGGCCUCUCUCAUCUUUUUAAGUGGGAGAACUUGCACAAUUGGUGGCUGACUAAAUACUUUUUUCCCCCACUAUAUAUAUAUAUAUAUAUAUAUAUAUAUAUAUACAUAUACAUAUAUACAUAUACAUACAGCAACACCUCCCCCAUAAGCAUUUCUGUCUCUUCUAUAGAUGUUGUAUUCUUGUAUUGCUACUGCUGUAUCAUCAAAUGAAUUAUCCAAAUUAGUCUCAGAAAGGGCUAAUAUAUGAAUGUUAUCUGAUGUUAGGAAGUUAUUGAUUUCAUGAACCUUAUUUCUAAGGCUACAUAUAGUAAUAUGGGCUAUUUUCAGCCCUUUCCUGGGUAGCUUAUCAGAGAUAGACAUAAUACUGGAAAGGGCAAACAAAGCAAGAUAAAAAAAAUAUACAUUCAGCAGUCCAUUAAUCAAUUGGCGUGUCUGUGUGUGUGCUGCGGGGUUGAAGCUACGAACCCAUAGGCUUGGCUCUCUCAUCCCUUCCAGGCUUCUGGGAGGGAGGGUGGACAAUGAGCCUGUCAUAGCGGAUGUAAGCAAUGUCCCCACGCGCUCAGGCAGUUUUCAUGGCUGGGAUAAGUUCUUUCCUCUUCUGGGGCACCGCUUCAGGAUAGUCCUCUUUGAGAAAUAUAUACGUUCCUCUAAAGUUCUUGGCUCUUUCCAGAACAGAACCUCAGGAACUUGACCAGUAUCGGCCUGGGCCUGUCACCUGGGCUGGUGGUGGGUUUUCCAGUCCUGUGGGCACGCUCCACCUCAAUCUUCCUGUGGUCUAUCUUCAAUUUCUCAGAGAUCAUUUGCGCAGUGGUCUAAGGCACUGCAUCGCAGUGCUGACUGUGCCACUAGAGAUCCUGGUUCGAAUCCAGGCUCUGUCGCAGCCGGCCGCGACCGGGAGACUCAUGGGCGGCGCACAAUUGGCCCAGCGUCGUCCAGGGUAGGGAAUGGCCGGCAGGGAUGUAGCUCAGUUAAUAGAGCAUGGCGUUUGCAACGCCAGGGUUGUGGGUUCGAUUCCCACGGGGGGCCAGUAUAAAAAAAUAUAUAUAUAUGUAUUCACUAAACUGUAAGUCGCUCUGGAUAAGAGCGUCUGCUAAAUGACUAAAAUGUAAAUGUAAAUGUAAAUCAUUUCCCUCACUUGGUCCUCAGACUACAUCCAGGUCUCGUGGAGAUUCUGCAAUUCUGUCCACAACCAUGUUGUUACGCCUUGAUUGUCCCUCGAGAUUUAUCCGUCGUUGUUAUCAUGGAUUCACAGACAGAACUGAUGUCCUCUCUCAAUGACUUACAGAUUGCUGUAAUCUUGCCGUUCUCCUGUUUCAACUCAUCGAGCUGACCCUGGGAGAACUGCAAACUGUUCUUUAGGUGCUGGACCUCUCUGGUCUGGUCGUCCAUUCUUUUAUUAGUCGAAUCCAUCAGUAUUUGGACAAAGCAAUUUUCUUGUUGUUGUAACAACUGCUUAGUGGAGCGGGACGAGAGUUUCAUGUUCCUUGGUGUCCACAUCACCAAGACAGUCGUGAAGAGGGCACUACAACACCUUUUCCCCCUCAGUACACUGAAAAUAUGUUUUUUUUGGGGGGGGGCAUUUGAUUAAUUGUUCAGCAGUCUUAUGGCUUGGUAAGGAGCCUUUUGGUCCUAGACUUGGCACUCCGGUACCGUUUGCCGUGCGAUAGCAGAGAGAAGAGUCUAUGACUUGGGCCUUCCUCUGACACCGCCUAGUAUAUAGGUCCUGGAUGGCAGGAAGCUUGGCCCCAGUGAUGUACUGGGCCGUACGCACUACCCUAUGUAGCGCCUUAUGGUCAGAUGCCGAGCAGUUGCCAUACCAGGCGGUGAUGCAACCGUUCAGGAUGCUCUCGAUGGUGCAGCUGUAGAACUCUUUGAGGAUCUGGGACCCAUGCCAAAUCUUUUCAGUCUCCUGAGGGGGAAAAGGUGUUGUCGUGCCCUCUUCACGACUGUCUUGGUGUGUUUAGACCAUGAUAGUUUGUUGGUGAUGUGGACACCAAGGACCUUGACACUCUCGUCCCGCUCCACUACAGCCCCGUCGAUGUUAAUGGGAGCGUGUUCGGCCCUCCUUUUCCUGUAGUCCACGAUCAUCUCCUUUGUCUUGCUCACAUUGAGGGAGAGGUUGUUGUCCUGCCACCACACUGCCAGGUCUCUGACCUCCUCCCUAUAGGCUGUCUCAUCGUUGUCGGUAAUCAGGCCUAUCAUUGUUGUGUCGUCAGCAAACUUAAUUGUGUUGUUGGAGUCGUGUUUGGCCACGCAGUCGUAGGUGAACAGGGAGUACAGGAGGGGACUAAGCACUCACCCCUGAGGGGCCCCAGUGUAUCAAAGGUGAUAUGUAGAUCAUUCAGUUGGCAGUCGUCAACUGCAAUUCAGUCGAUAUCGAACAAGGUGUGUGUGUGUCGUAACUGUAUUCUGUUUUAUGUAAUAGUUUUUUUCUCCACAAUAGCAGGACACCAGCCCAGGGUUUGUGGCCUCAUCACCUCCAGCUGGCGCUAAGUCAAAGGUGCAGCAAAUAAUGCUUUCUAUGUCUUACUUUUACCUCUGUGUUACUGUUACCUCUCUGUCUUACUGUUACCUCUUUGUCUUACUGUUACCUCUAUGAAGUUGGACACGCUGUCCAAGGAUGACCUCAUCAAGUUUGCCAAGAAGCAGAUGGCUGCCAUACAGAAGAUGAAGUCCAAAUGUGCAGGUUCAUGAAGCAUCUGUCAUACACUGUUUACCAUUCAAUGUUGUGAUCAUUGAUAAAUCAAUACAGUAGCUAGUUGGAUUUCCUUUUGUAAUAAUUUUUGUCCUUUCUGUUUCUCAAUAUUUUUUUCCAGAUUUGGAAACGGAGGUUGACACCCUCAAGUCUCAGCCAAAAGGCAAUUCAGGUGACUCCAUCAUACAGGUUUGUGGUCUUAAAUUCUUACAUGAGAAAAUUAAUAAGCUCAUGCUUUGCAGCUGCUGAAGUGCUUUGGAAGUGUUUGUCAGUAAUGUGUUUUCCAUUCUAUUCUGUUGAAUUCUGUAGUAUUCUAUUCUGUUCUACCAGGAGCUGACCGAGAGGAUGAGUGCCUUGCUGCUGGAAAAGGCUGAGACCCAGCAGAGUGCAGUGUUACUGCGGAAGGAGAAUGAGAAGAUCAAGCACCGGGAACAGGUAAACUGCCAGACCAAUGGUCACCUACCCUGGCCCUGGAUAACUACAGGGUGUUCAGCCUUUUGUUCCAGUCCAGCUCUAACUUUGUUUUCUGUUGAAUAUGACCAGGAUGCAGUAGGGAAACUGGCCACCCUGCUGGGAGAGUUGGACCAGGCCAAGGAAGACCACCAGAAGAAAAUAGCAGCCUUGGAGAAGAGCCUGGACGCAUCCCAAGCCAAACACAAAGAAGAAGUUGAAUUCUUCCAGAGGCUUCUGAGGGAGAAAGAAGAGAGUGACCGAGAGAAAGAGAGAGAAAGAGAGAAAGAAAAGCAGAGAGAAAGGGAAGACUCGGGCGAGAGUGUAGAAGCCGUAAGUCGCAGCCUGGAGUCACAGAUCCUGAGUCUGCAGACGGAGCUAGCUGCAGCCAUGGAGCGGAGCGCCCAGGAGGCUGCAGCGCUGCAGGAAGACCAUCAGAGGGCACUGACAGAGGUUAGUUGAAAAGUAGUGUACGAAAAAUGUCACAAACGAAAAACCCUUACACUGUUGUAAACUGACAGUUGAUGAAGACCUUCUGCUUUAAAUGUUGCAAUAAACUGUGUGUGUGUGUUUAUUUUACUUUCAGGCCCAGCAGGAAGUAGAGAACCUGAGAGAGGAGUUGGCUCAGCAUAGUGUGCAACAUGAAGAGGAGCUGAGAGCUCUGGAGGAGGACUUUGAGAUGGAGAGAGAGAGACUGCUACUCCUCCAAGAGGAGCUCAGUGAGCAGCUGGCUCUCAAAGACAGGUGGGUCAUAGUGCUACACAUUGAGGAUGGACAAGAAGAGUCAUACAAUGUACAGUAAAACGCUUUGAGCAACUAGAAAAAGUGCUUUAUUAAUCCAAUCUUCUUCCUUUUCUUGUUAUGACAGCUUCCUGCAGGAUGUGCAGGAGGAAGAGGAGGAGCCUAGUGGCCGCAGCUCAGGGAUAGCCAGGAUGUUGGAGCUGUCUGGUGUAAGUCAGAUUGAUGCCAGUGAUGGAGAGACUGAGCGCGGACAGCUCCGAUCUGCCCUGGAGGACCAGCAAUCACAGAAUACCAUGCUGCAAGACGAGCUGAUCUUCCUGGGCAAUGUGAAGACUGAACUGGAGGCGGAGCUUGAGAGGGUAAGGGAGGAGUUUCAGACAGAGAAGGAGGAACUAGAGUUUAAGAUCGAAGAGUUGCUGAUGACCCGGGAGGUUGCGACCCCUGACGUAAAUAUGACCCCUAACCGUGACCUUCUGAUCCUUGCAACCCCUAACCGUGAACUUCAGGAGGCUCAAGCGUUCACUCAGCUCCAGCUGAGCGGCCCACAGAGAGACCCAGUGGACAGCCUACCUGCCAGCCCUUCUAGCCCCAGACAGAGCCUGUCUAGCCCUGUCCCUGGUGCAGACCACCAGAGCCUGACCCUGCAAGAACAGCAGAGAUUGAUCCUGGAGGUCCAGGAGCUGAGGGCCCAGUGUGAGACCUUAGCCAGGGAGAAGAGCCAGGCCGUGGGUGAAUGUGAGUCCCUAGCCAGAGAGAGGAGGCAGGUGGUGGCAGAAUGUGAGUCCCUAGCCAGAGACAGGAGCCAGGCGGUGGCUGAGUACGAACGCACCAGAGACAUCCUGAGAGGCCUGGAGACUGAGCUAGGUCAUAGGACCGGGGACAUCGCCAGACAGUAUGAAGCUAUGAAGGAACAGGGGGCUUCUGCAGUCCAGGAGCUACAGGAGAGAGUCAGAGGGCUUACUGAGGAGAGAGAUGGUCUGGUGGAGAGGGUGAGAGGGUUGGAUGAAGACAGAGCGAGCCUGCUGGAGAAGGUCCAGGGCCUAGAGAAGAGGCUGGAGAGCUUCCUGGAGCAGACACAGGCAGCCGAGGGGCUGAAGGAGCAGCUGCAGACGUCUCUGGAGGAGAAGAAUGCGUUAGCCCUCGAGCUAAAGGACUCAGUAGAGGCGCAGACAGUGUUAGCCUCUGAGCUAAAGGCAUCUCUUGAGGUGCAGACCGCGUUAGCCGUAGAGCUAAGGGUUUCGGUGGAGGAUCUGAUCAGGCAGAACGGGGAGAUCGUCUCUCAGCUGCAGAUGAAGGAGAGUGCUGUUCAGGAGUUAGAGGAGACACUUAAUGUGGUGAGCACAGCGAGAGACAUAACACUGUCAGCACUGCAGGACAGAGAGAUGGAGGUGGUGAGGUUGAGGGAGGAAAGGGAGAGGGAGGUGGAGGAGAGUCAAGGCCAAAGAGAGGAGGUGGCUGAGCUGCAGGCUCAUAUAGAGGAGUUAGAGAAGGAGAGGAGCCUGCUGAAGAAUAAUCUAGAGGAGGUGCAGAGGGAGAGGUCUGAGAAGGUGCAGGGGAGCCCAGGGGAGGAGGUGGAGGAGCUGCAGGCUCGUAUAGAGGAGUUAGAGAAGGAGAGGAGCCUGCUGAAGAAUAAUCUAGAGGAGGUGCAGAGGGAGAGGUGUGAGAAGGUGCAGGGGAGCCCAGGGGAGGAGGUGGAGGAGCUGCAGGCUCGUAUAGAGGAUCUGGAGAAGGAGAGGAGCCUCCUGAGGAGUAAUCUGGGGGAGGUGGUGGGAGAUACUGAAGCUCUACAGAGAGACCUGAGGGAGAUGAAACUGGCCAAUGAAAAGAUGAGAACAGAGAACCAAGAACUACUGACACAAGUCAGCCAGGCUACAGAGACACUGGCAGACAGAGAGAGGGAGGGAGAGGUGGAGGAAGAACAGGCGGAGAAGGAGAGGAGAGAGCUACAACAGCAGCUAACAGAGAAGGACACCGUGAUAUCUCAGUUGAGAAGUGAGAUGGCUGGCUUACAGGUGAGUUCUUCUGGCUUCUUUCCUUCUCAACAUGCACACACCAUCUAAAGGACAAAAAGGGAUUGCUUUUUUGCCCCCAGCUCUUUUCCCAAGCUAUGGUUUGUCAAAGUGACUGCUGUGGUAUUUUUCAUUACAUUUACAUUUUAGUCAUUUAGCAGACGCUCUUAUCCAGAGCAACUUAUAGUUAGUGAGUGCAUACAUUUUCAUACUGGCCCCCCGUGUGAAUCGAACCCACAACCCUGGCGUUGCAAGCGCCAUGCUCUACCAACUGAGCUACAGAUUUACUUUUCCUCCCUCUCUUUCCCUUCCACCCUCUCCCUUCCUCUCUCUCUGUCUCUCUCUCCCCCCACUAGUCUACAACCCAGUCUCCUGUCUCAGAGGAGAACACAGCCAAUGUGUUCACUGAGAAAAUUGGUAUGUUCCUAAUUACUACUGUCUAAUGGAGAACAGAACAGGAAUCUAAUGUGUAAUAAUACUAUGACAGAUGAGCAAUACAAAAAAUGUCAUUCUUGUUUGUUUUUAGGUCUUCCUAGAUGCUUAUUAAGCUCAUAUAAGAAUGACAGAUGCAAAGUGCCAAUCAUUUGAGGGAUUCUGAUUCUUCCAAUGAUCUGUGUGUGAUGAUGUCUCAUCCCUCCAUCUCAGCCCUGCUGGAGAAGGAGCGCAAAGAAAAGGAUGAGAGGAUGAAUAAGAUCAAGGCGGUGGCUGUGAAAGCCAGGAAGGAGCUGGACACCAGCAGGAAAGAGGCUGUGUCUCUAAAGGAGGAAGUGGAGGUGUUGAAGGCUGAGAGAGAGAGGGUGACAAGCUCAAUGAAAGACAUCAUCCAUGGAGCAGAGGGAUACAAGGUACUACUCACCCGUAACCCCUGACCCCUAGCCCUGACCCCUCACUACAUCCCUACCUUAUACAGAAUGAACAACACAGAAAUCAAUAGUGAAUUGCUUAUUUGGCUGGUGGUACAAAUCUGUUUCAUUGCAAAAAAACACCUGAAGAGAUGAAGAGGAAAAUAAGUGUAUUUUCCCCUAAUGCUCUAGCUUGCUGGCCAGGGCUGCUAAGUGUGUCUGUUCAAUAGGGAGCUUUCUGUUUGUUUCAUUUAGUAUAAUGCACAACAGCCACAUUAAACGGGUUCAGACGGUUGUCUUUAUGAAUUGGCUUUGGAAGCCAUUAGAGAUUAAAUCACUCUUCUGUGUUUAAUGGGAGUUUUGUUCUAGACCUGAAUGGAUGAAUACCCUGUCACUGUAGAACAGGCAGCUUGAUAUAUGCGCAGGUGUUAUUCUGCAUUAUAAACUGGGUGGUUUGAGCCCUGAAUGCUGAUUGGCUGAAAGCCGUGGUAUAUCAGACCAUAUAUUUAGAAAACAAAUAUUUUUACUGUUCUAAUUACCAGUUUAUAAUGGCAAUAAGGCACCUCGGGGGUUUGUGGUAUAUGGCCAAUAUACCAUGGCUAAUGGCUGUAUCUAGGCACUCCACGUUGCGUCGCGCAUAAGAACAUACCACACCCCCUCGUGCCUUAUUGCUUAAUUAAGCUGCACAACGCCUAUUCAAUAAUGAAUGUGUUUAUUAUUAAGUGUAUGUGUGUUACAGAACUUGCAGCUGGACUACGACAGGCAGACAGAGGAGCUGGAUAAGGAGAGAGAGAAGGUGGAGGGAGCUGAGAAACAGAUCUCCGAGCUGACCAAACGACUCAACACUGCCGUACAACAGGUAACACCGACACACACACUACAGUCUCACACACAAACCAUGCUCAGAAGUCAUCCAGCGUGCUCAACCAGACUGACAGUUUCCCCCCCAGUCCAAAUACAAACUGUCCAUUAGUUCAUUCUUUUUAAUUCCUCCUUUUCUUAUGAUUAUAUUUUUCUCUUCCUAAUUGUCUGUUUCUAGUGAAGUAACGGAGUGUGUGUAAAUGAAACAGUGGCUGGUUCCAUCUGCUGUUGUAGCGUUGUCAGUCUACUGAGACAGAUGCUGGUCUUGGCUGUGUGAGCUGAGAGCUCCCCUGGUACAAUACAGACUGGAAAUACAGACAAACUCAUAACAGUGUCUGAGACUUCCCUGGAUGUCUUUGUUAGAUAUGUUUACCUGAUGUGAUGUUAUUGUUGAUGUGAAUUCUGGCUGACUGAUUAUAUGGCCAAGGGGACUGGUGUUUGCCAAGAACUCAUGAGUGAUGUUUGAGUGAAUGCGUGUUCUGUGUCCAGCAUGAACAACUGUGGUCGGAGAGAGAGGACCUGAUGACUGGGUUGGAGACUCUUAGGAGUACAGUGAGACAGAUGGAAGGACAGACAGCAGAGCUACACAGACAGACAGACACCCUGAACAGAGACCUGCAGGCUGAGAGACUACUGAAGGAACAGAAGACAAAGGUGUGUGUGAGAGAGAACUAUCUUAGUUCAAUGCACUGAUUGUAAGUCGUGCUGGAUAAGAGCGUCUGCUAAAUGACCUAAAUGUGUGGACACGUUUUACUAUACUUCUGAGUACCAGAAGUCAACACAAGAAUAGUAAGCCACCUAAAAUUCAGAGAAGUGAGGAAAUUUUUUCCAGUCAUCGCUUCUAGAAAGGCUAUUUUAGGCUUAGGGUUAUCUUUAGGGGUUAGGGAAAAUAGGAUUUUGAAUGGGAAUCAAUUGUUGGUCCCCAUAAAGUCCUCACAAGUAUAACUGUGUUGUGUGUCUCCAGGAGCUGUCGUCAUUGCAGAAGGAGGUAGAGGAGCUGACAGUUCAGCUCCGCAGACAGAAGCAGCAGUCUCAGCAGACAACACAGGAGCUGGAGCAGCUACGCAAGGUACACAAAUACCCCCCCCCCCCCCCCCCCCCCCCCCCCCCCCCCCCCCCCCACACACACACACACACACGCGCGAACAUGGCAAGGCCACUCAAAUAAAGAGCUGGUAAAGCCCUUACUUCUAACCCUCACCGGGAAUUGUGUGUCGUGAUGUUGUGUGUCGUGUUGCCUCUAGUCCUAAAAAACAACACUCAGAAUCUAGCAGGAUGUCAAAGUAACAGUUUACCCUCAAGCACUGGAAGCUGCUUUUCCAUUACUCAUACUAAGAUUUGUGUAGAAAUGGGAUUCAGUGUGUGUAUAUGUUGUGAAUAUGUGUGUUUUUGUCUUUCCAGGAGGCCCAGCAGAGCUCGUUGUUGGACAUGGAGAUGGCAGACUAUGAACGCCUGGUCAAAGAACUCAACACUAAACUGUCAGAGAAAGACGUGUGUGUGGAGGAGCUGAAAACACAGAUAAACACACACACACAGCAAGAAGUCUCACUCAACCAGGAGAUCGGUACACACAAACACUGAUCCCUACCAUUCGCCCCACUGACAUACUUUUUUUACAGCCAACCCACUAACUGAAGAAGCAGCACUAAAUCAGUUUACUGCAAAUCAAAGGCCUAUACGUCUCUAUAAUGUGUUUCAUUCAUUAUAACAAUGGCCUUUGUACUGUAAUCCAUUCUUCUAACCUGUUUCUGUGUGUUCUCCCAGAGGGUCUGAAGUCCCAGCUUGACCAGGGGGAGGACAAGAGCUCCAAGAUGAAACAGCUGCUGGUGAAAACCAAGAAAGACCUGGCUGACACCAAGAGACAGGUCAGACCCCAGGGACCUGAUUACCUGGAGUACAGGGAGAGGGUCCCAGUGGAUCACAUUUUAGUCAAAUGAGUGUUUACAGUGUUCUGUAAUACAUUGGAGUUGGUUUCCUUGAAUGUGUAGUGUCUGUGCACGUAAAUAGUGUAUUAAUAAGUGUGUGUUUGUGUGUGCAGGAAGCCAUUCAGAUGAUGACGCUGGCCUCUCUGAAGGGAGAGCUGGAGGCACAUCAACAGCAAUUGGAGAACAGCAAGGUAAGAUGGCAGUCCCUGAACCCAUUCAGACAGACUUAAUGUGUUGUGAAAUCUGUUGUGAAUGUAUGGUAAUGUUUUUAAAAUGGUAUAACUGCCUUAAUUUUGCUGGACCCCAGGAAGAGUAGCUGCUGCCUUGGCAGCAGCUAAUGGGGAUCCAUAAUAAAUACAAAUACAGACACCUGAGCCUGCAACAAGACAGUACUUUAAAGGUAACACCCUGUGUCUGAAAGGGGUAAUGGAUGAGUACAUACUGUGUCACAAUAUUAUCUGUCCCGAUGUGUUGUAUCAGUUAUUAUAUCAGUGGCUCUUGUGUUCUUGUAUAGAUCCAGUGCUGUGAACUGACUGCGGAGCGCCACAGACUGCAGGAGCAGCUGAGGACUCUGACUGAACAACAGCAGAGAACAAGCAGCUCCUUGCAACACAGACUGACCACACUACAGCAGGAGGCUAACACUGCCAAGGUACACACACACACACACCAUCCUACAUCCAGUUCUCUCCUCCCUCUCUCUCAUCUUAUUCUCUCUCUCUACCUUCCAUUUAUCUCUCUUCUCCGUUCCUCUACCCUAAACCCUAUCUCUCUCCUUCGGUCUCUCUCUUUCUCUCUCCUCUCCCUCUCAUCCUCUCUCUCAGCUCAGGCAGUAGAAAUAGUGUUAUGGAUUUCUCAUCAGUUGAGUGUUAGUGUGCAGCUUUGCUAAAUGGUUGAAACCAAACAUUAUGGGGGUGUCCCCCUGGGGUCUAGUGGGUGAUGAUGAAUGGUACGGUCUGGCUCCACGGUAGAGGAAGUGCUGCUGGGUUGCCUACCUCAGGGAUGUACACACUAACACUGUACUAUUCAUUACAAUACCGAUACACUGGCACACACAAUACACCGUCAUAUUAAUUAACUGCUGGUCUGCAGAAACACAACUACAUGCAGUUCAGGGUGAAAAUACAGAUGUAAUAUGAAAACCGGUACCAUAUAAUAUGUGCUUCUAAUAUAUGUGUGCUUACAAACAGUUUGUUAGGCUUUUAAUUAAGUAAAACAUAAAUUAAUGUGUGAUGUGAAUGUUAUUUCCAGGCUGAGCUGUCAUCUGUCACUGCUGAGUUUGACAGCUAUAAGGUCAGAGUUCACAACGUCCUCAAACAACAGAAGAACAAAACCUCAGCACAGAGCGACGGUGACGCCACUAAACAGGAGAGGUAUAGCUAUAGAUUGUGUGUGUGUGUGUGUGUGUUAUAUGAUAAUAAUGUGUGUGUCACAGGGACCAGAUGGAGUCCAUGGUGGACCAGUAUAAAGCCAAGCUGCAGGACAGUCAGCAGAGUCUGGCCGUGAGCACUGCAGAACUACAACAGCUCCAGAUGGAACAUGACACACUGCUGGAACGACACAACAAGAUACUGCAGGAGACCGUCACUAAAGAGGCCGAACUCAGAGAGAGGUACGGGUGUAUGUGUCCCUGAAUACUUGUAUUAGCUCUCAGAGCUAAUGUUUUAUAUCAGUCUGUUAACAGUCAACUGAGUCCACAGUAACAGCCCUCAUCUUCAAAAACCCCUGUUUCCCCCUCUCCCCUUCUUCUGUAUUUCAUACUCCCUCGCUUCCCCCCCAGACUCAUGUCUCUCCAGGCUGAGAUUAUGUCAACGCGGACAGAGCAUGCUCAGACGGUGGGUCAGCUAACCUCGCAGGCCGAGGCCCAGCGCUCAGGGUUCAGGGAGCAGAUCCGCCAUCUUCAGGACGAACACAGAACUACAGUAGAGACCCUGCAGAACCAGAUGACCAGGCUGGAGAACCAACUGUUUACACUGCAGAAACAGACCAGUAAGACAGGAGGGGAGGGAGAGGAGAGGAGAGGGAGAGAACAUGAUUUGGUUGAGAGAGGGAAAGAGGAAAGUGGGGUUUUGGAAAGGAUGAGAGAAGAGGGGAGAGAAAAAGACAGGAAGGGGGGUGAGUGUUGGGUUAAAGAGGGAGAGGGGAGAGUGGGAGAUGGAUGGAGGCCAGGGGAAAGGUAGCGCGAGGGGUUGUGAGUAGGGCUGUGGCGGUCAUGCAAAAGACUGCCGGUCUCACGGUAAUUGACCGUUAAUUAACAUAAACACUUUAGCAUCUCCAGGCCUCCACACUGUAAUCACCAGCCAAGAGGCUUGUAGGAAGUCAAAACAAAAGGCACUGACUUUGUCAGCUGCUAUAGAAUACAAUAAUAAUAUGUGUCCCCUCCUGGGUACUUAUACAUUUUUUUUUUUUACAUUUUAGUCAUUUAGCAGACGCUCUUAUCCAGAGCGAUUUACAGUUAGUGAGUGCAUACAUUUUCAUACUACAUUAAAAAAAGUAUAAUAAAUCAAUUUAAUAUACACGUAACAAUAAAUCCAUUAUUUAUUUUAGUCAGGUCUAAAGAAACAUGAUAUGAAGAAAAUGCAUUUCAGAAAAACAGAAUAUGAGUUGGCCUACUGUAUGUUAUCUGGUUAUUCUCCAUGCCAUAUGAUGUAGGCUUGUUCAUUUAGCUGACAAGAUAUGCUUAUAAGUCCCAUGCCAUUAUUUUAUUUUAUAGUAAGAAGAAUAUAAUAGAUUUUUCCCAUUACGGAGCAAGUGUGCGUACUACAUGACUAUAUUGCGCGUAAAAGUGAUUGAAACAGGUCUUGCGCUCUGUUCCUUGCCUCAGGCUGCACAGCUGUUCUCUCAUCAAGUGAUAUACACCCAUCAAGUGAUAUACACCCAUCACACUAUUCUAAAUGUAAUAUUGUCUUUACUAAUAUGUAAAAUUAGUUUAGAUUUAGAAUGGCCCAUUAUCAAAUGGGCAGGGGGGCAGUGUAAAAAAGACAUGUCAUCUGUAUGCACUCAAAUAGGGAAUGGAGGCCAUGAGCUUUCCCACCAGUCCGUUUUGUAGGCUACUUCGGUUUUAUAGUGGAGCAUGUGCUUUAAUAUGAGCAGCAGAAAAAUAAAUACAAAAACACUUAUUUCACUCCACGCAUCAACCACUGUUUGAGGAGCAUGCUCUCGCUGCCCGACAGGUGAUAUUCCACCCAGACUCUGUACGCCAUGGGCUCUCCAACCCUGUCCCUGCAGCUACCCAGUGCUUCAUUUGGGAAACCAAGUGAAAUCUGUUCAGGAACAUCGAUAGUAACGUGGUUUCGCAACGAAAUAUAAUUCAUUAAACUGUUGACAGCCCGUCUGCGCGCUCAAGAAAGGAAUAAAGGAGUGAAAGGAGGAGAUGGAAACACAUGGUGGUGAGAUUCUGUAGCUAAAGGUAAUGUGUCAGCCUAUUCAUUAUGAAAAUAUAAAAAAUUCCCUAUCACUAGGCUAUUCAAAUACAAAUUCACUAAUUGUAGGCUAACUGUAAGCCGCCCUGCACAAUCCAUGAACCAACAGCAUCGCCUAGGGCUAUAUGUUCUCUCCCAGACUCAUGGAUAUACAUUUUGGAGCAUAGCAUAAGGUAACCGGUCCAUCCAAUAUGCAUAAUAAUACUGGCCACACUCAAAGGCUAGACCAAUUACGUGUCAGACAAGUGUUUGAUGUGAUUUUCGAUUGCAUUUGCACUGUUCUUGAAAGUGACGACAAAUGCAAUUAUGCAUGUAAUGCUUUAUUAUAAAGGUGCAUGUUUUCGCCAAACUUGAAACUCACCUGCAGCCUAUGUAUGCCAGUUAGGCUCUACACCGUUAUAAAGCGGAUUAAUGUGCUUAAUUUAAAAAAGUUAUUUGGCCACUUUAGUUGUGAUACAAACCUUAUCAAAACAUAUACUGUAGGUCUAUGGGCUAGGCUACAUGAGGUGUGUGACUAUGAUUUGAAAAAGUCAAGAGAGAAAAAGGCAUGCACUGUUUUUUGCCUUACUGUACAAGCUGGCCAUCAUUCACAAGUGAUAAUACAUAAUUCACUAAUAUUGUCACCCAUCAGACUAUUCUUAAUUUAAUGUUUUCUUUACAUAUACUAUAUAGUAUGUGUGGGAUUUGUUUUGAUUUAGAAUGGACCAUUAUCAUGCACCUGUCUAGGAACAGGGGCAUAAACAGUAAAUAAAUACAAAGUCAUCUAUGCACUUAAAUAGCAACUGGAGGACGCUUUUCCUGUGGUUCAUUUUCAUGCCAGCCAGGUAGGCUAUACUCCUGUUGUAAAGUGAAGCAAUGUGCUUAAUAUUAGGAAAGUUGAUAAUUAAAUAUAGUAGGCCUAGCCUAUAGAAAGCUGAUGGGAUGCUCCUCUUUUUAAUAGAGGCCAUCAAAACUGUUUUUUAUCAAGCAAUUGCAUAGCCUAUAGAAAUGUUGCGCAACAUGAGCUCAUGGGCUCUCAUGAAGUGUUUGAUUAGAUUUUCAAAUACAUUUGCAAUAGAGUGCUGAUUACCAGGCAGUUAGCAAGUUUGGUAGGCUAAUCACCAUCAGCAGCAUCAGAGCUCGGAGAAGCCUAAUUACCUUGGAAUAAACGGUCACGUGGAAUUUGACUGCCGUCAUGACUCGUGACCGCCAGUGUGGCGGUAAUACGGUCACCGUAACAGCCCUAGUUGAGUAUGAGAGAGCAGAGCUGAAAGAGCUAAUAUAUCACCUCCCAUACACCUGGUCUCAGGAGCCACUCAGAGUAAACACACACUCUCUUUCUCGCCCCCUCCCUCUGUCUCUUCAUCUUACUCGUCCAGUGUUGUAGUGCAGCUGUGUAAAGAUGGGACACACUUCAUCUCAGCAGCCUAGCCAGGUGUUAGUUAGUAUGAAGGGUACAGAGAGCCCAUCCAGCCUUAACCAGCUCUGCUCUGCCUGCCCCUCUGGGUGGCACUAGCACACUGGCAUCUGGAGAGCCUGGUCAUUAGUGCCACCCUAACACACAUAGUUGGGCCAAGCAGUACUUCUGGAGACAGCAGGGCUGGAUCCCUUCCUAUAGUCUUAACUAGCUUCCUCUCCUUGUCUCUCUUCCUUCAUCUGAACUGUAAAAUGUUCUAGAUUUGAUUGAAUCUCAAAGUGAAAAUGAUGUUAACCUCAAGUGCAAAUUAUGGUCAAGAGGUUCCAGAGACUCUGCGUGUGUGUGGACACGUUUUACUAUACUUGUGAGUACCAGAAGUCCACACAAGAAUAGUAAACCAACAAAAAUUCAAAGAAGUGAGGACAUUUUGCCUGCCCUGACUUGUAAAAAGGCUGUUUUUAGGUUUAGGGAAAAUAGGAUUUUGAAUGGGAAUCAAUUGUUGGUCCCCAAAAAGUCCUCACAAGUAUAGUAAGACAAAGCUGUGUGUGUUCUCUAGGGUGUGAAGGGCAAGGUGGGCUGCAGGUGGUUCUACCCACACGUCUCUCACGCUCUCUCAGUCCAUCAAUCAGACACUGCCCACGGGCACCUGCCCUCUCUCUUUCUCUGCCUCUCUCUCUCUCUCUCACACACUCAACACACCUACCUGUGAAAUCUGCUAUUUUUCAGCACAGUUAAAAAAAAAAAUCAUCCUCUGUUUAUAAAUGUAUCCCCCAGUCUUCUAUGCUUCUGGAUUUCACACUCGUGAAAUAGGGAAUUACAUUGUUGCUCUCUGCCCAGCAUGACUGUAUGAUAUGUGUUGCCUUCCUCCCCGUCUCCCUCCAGGUCCAGCUCCAGUCCAGACCAGUCGUAAACCAGUGGUGGACCGCCGGCCCGUGGACCAGGGGGGAAUGGGGGGGCUGGGCCUGGGCCUCAGUGAUCUCCAGUCCAUGGCUAGAGAGGAGGGGGAGGGCAUGGAGACCUCCGAGACAGAGUCCCUGUCACCCACACACACACACCUACCCUCACUGGAACACCUACUCACCUCCCCAGACCCCAAACAGGGUACGUGUGCAUACAAUGCAUUCGGAAAGUAUUCAGACCCUUUUACUUUUUCCACAUUUUGUUACAUUACAGCCUUAUUCUAAAAUGGAUUAAAUCAAUAUUUUUCCUCAAUCUACACACAAUACCCCAUAAUGACAAAGCAAAAAAAUAGUUGUGUGUAAAACUGAAAUACCUUAUUUACAUAAGUAUUCAGACCCUUUGCUAUGAGACUUGAAAUUGAGCUCAGGUACAUCCUGUUUCCAUUGAUCAUCCUUGAUGUUUCUGCAACUUGAUUGGAGUCCAUCUGUGGAAGAUUCAAUUGAUUGGACAUGAUUUGGAAAGGCACACACCUGUCUAUACAAGGUCCCACAGUUGACAGUGCACGUUCCUCCUGUAGCUCAGUUGGUAGAGCAUGGCGUUUGCAACGCCAGGGUUGUGGGUUCGAUUCCCACGGGGGGCCAGUAUGAAAAAUGUAUGCACUCACUAACUGUAAGUCGCUCUGGAUAAGAGCGUCUGCUAAAUGACUAAAAAUGUAAAUGUCGGAGCAAAAACCAAGCCAUGAGGUCGAAGGAAUUGUCCGUAGAGCUCCGAGACAGGAUCGUGUCGAGGCACAGAUCUGGGGAAGGACACCAAAAAAUGUCUGCAGGAUUGAAGGUCUCCAAGAACACAGUGGCCUCCAUCAUUCUUCAAUGGAAGAAGUUUGGAACCACCAAGACUGAGGGGGAGAAGGGCUUUGGUCAGGGAGGUGAACAAGAACCCGAUGGUCACUCUGAAGGAGCUCCAGAGUUCCUCUGUGGAGAUGGGAGAACCUUCCAGAAGGACAACCAUCUCUGCAGCACUCCACCAAUCAGGCCUUUAUGGUAGAGUGGCCAGACGGAAGCCACUCCUCAGUAAAAGGCACGACAGCCCGCUUGGAGUUUGCCAAAAGGCACCUAAAGGACUCAGACCAUAAGAAACAAAAUUCUCUGGUCUGAUGAAACCAAGAUUGAACUUUUUAGCCUGAAUGCCAAGUGUCACGGCUGGAGGAAACCUGGCACCAUCCGUACGGUGAAGCAUGGUGGUGGCAACAUGCUGUGGAGAUGUUUUUCAGCGGCAGGGAUUGGGAGACUAGUCAGGAUCGAGGGAAAGAUGAACGGAGCAAAGUACAGAGAGAUCCUUGAUGAAAACCUGCUCAGGACCUCAGACUGGGGCGAAAGUUCACCUUCCAACAGGACAACGACCCUAAGCACACAGCCAAGACAACGCAGGAAUGGCUUCGGGACAAGUCUCUGAAUGUCCUUGAGUGGCCCAGCCAGAGCCCGGGCUUGAACCCGAUCGAACAUUUCUGGAGAGACCUGAAAAUAGCUGUGCAGCGACGCUCCCCAUCCAACCUGACAGAGAUUGAGAGGAUCUGCAGAGAAGAAUGGGAAAACUCCCCAAAUACAGGUGUGCCAAGCUUGUAGCGUCAUACCCAAGAAGACUCGAGGCUGUAAUCGCUUCCAAUAGGUGCUUCAACAAUGUACUGAGUAAAGGGUCUGAAUACCUAUGUAAAUGUGAUAUUUCAGCUUUUUAUUUGAAAUAACUUUGCAAACAUUUCUAAAAACCUGUUUUUGCUUUGUCAUUAUGGGGUAUUGUGUGUAGAUUGAUGAGGGGGAAAAAACAAUUUAAUCAAUUUUAGAAUAAGGCUGUAACGUAACGUGGAAAAAGUCAAGGGGUCUGAAUACUUUCCGAAUGAACUGUACAUGCAUGUCUCCAAUGGCUACAUAGUUGUUGGUUUGAUUCCCACAAGGGACACUUAUUUUACAUACUGUGAACUGUGUCUUCGAAUACAACUGUCUGCUAAAGCACCAUUUGUUUGUGUGAUUGGUUGUAGAGCCGUUUGUGUGGCAGGUGGAGCCGACUAAAGAGGAAUUGAAUCAGAAGUUGACCACAGCUACACGCAGUAUGGAACACAUGAACAGUCUACUGCAUGAAACAGAGGCUACCAAUGCUGUUCUGAUGGAACAGGUCAAUGUACGUACACACACACACACAGUACUGAUGAAACAGAUAUUCUCUCUUUCACAGACUCUCUCUCACUUACAUAUACAGUGCUCGCUCACACAUUCAUACUUGUUUCUUUGUGUACUUCUUCUUUCUUCUCUAGCUGUUGAAGUCUGAAGUGCGUCGUCUGGAGCGUAACCAUGAGAGAGAGAAGAGUGUAGCCAACCUGGAGUAUCUGAAGAAUGUCCUCUUACAGUUCAUCUUCCUGCAGUCAGGCAGUGAGAGGCAGGCUCUACUCCCCGUCAUACACACCAUGUUACAACUCAGCCCUGAGGAGAAAAAUAAACUGGCUGCUAUCGCAAUG